GUGCCAGAACAACAGUCUUACCUCCAUCCUAGUCACUUGUCGAUGCCCCAUUGGAGAAUAUACUUUGGAUAAUAGAAACUAGUGCUGGUGCCAGUCUUAUUCUCAAUAUUAGCGCCAUCCUCUUGUUCAACAAGGACCCACAAACGCGAUGUUCCCAACUCCCUGUUCCCAGUUCCACACAGUCAGUGUCCAGCUCCCAGACAUCCUCUCUUCGUGUACUCCCUUUGAAUUACUAACGCGCAAAUGGCAGUCACUGCAGGUCCGUUUCUCAAGUGCCCCAGGCAUGACUGCGCCGUAGGAUUAGUACGCCUCGAAUGGAGAGGACUCAAAGUUGGACUGUGGACUGCUUUGUGUUAUCCUGGAGCGGAUUGUAAAUUGUCGGGGUUGGGGUUGACUGCGAAUUUUUUGAGCUUGUUGGUGUAUGAGCAGGAGCAGGAUAGUGCUGGGGAUGAAAAGCAAGUUUUUGAUCUAUAUCUGACAGGCUCAGGCCACGUCGCCUAUAAAAGCCCGGCGUGGUACAUAUGUUUUCAUCGAUCUAUGCGCGCAUAUCACGAUACAAGGCAGUGUUUGCUGGAUUGCAUCUGCAUCCCGGAUCUCGAAGCAGGGACGUGUCCGGAUUUAGGAUGAUGUUUCACUUGAUAGAGUAUGCGGAGGGAUUGAACCUCCCGGAGCGUGCAUCGUCGCACCCAUACUGAAGCAGCUAACAGACCAGGCGUGUAAUAUCAUUGCAUGGUCGGAGGUACGUAUGAAACUACAUUGCAUACUGAAGUCUAUUCUAGGAUGGUUUAUUUUGUGCAAAAGGCGUAACAGCAAUUUCACGUCCCAAUAUCGUCUCCGUCCUCGUGAAAGAACGGAAUCGUUCCUUUGCGAUUGCAUUCGCAUAUGUGGGCACGCUUGUAAAGCAGAGCGCGGAGGCGUUCCUUUCUUCUGAGCGUUUCUUCGCUGCGCGGAUCCUGCAAUGAACGAUGAUA